AUAAAAGGAAGAAGAAGAAGAAGUAGAAGAAGAAGACUGUCUUAGCUGUUUGUUGCACCCAUGCUCUGUAGCUAGCAAGCUAGUUUAUUAAAAAAACAAAACAUACAUUUUCGUAAGUAACUUGAGAAAGAAGAGGCUCUCUACUACUGCGGUCUGUCUCACUUUAAGACGAACGUUUAACGAGAUGACUUUCUGUGCCAAGAAAGAGCUGAAUAACCUGUCUGGAGCUGCAGGAGGAGGAGGAGGAGGAGGAAUAUGGGUCGUUGUCAUUGAUGUCUGUCAAUGUUUUUCUUCACUGUUGUUUGCUUGAAACCUUUUUUGAGCUGUGACAUCAUGCUCCUGGAGCCCGCAGUAGCUGAAGAUCGACGCGUUUGACCGAGAAGCCGCCGUCACCGCUGCCAUCAUGGGGACGACGAUGAGCGAGCCGUGUAUCUACGACAAACUGUCCGAGAGCAUCGACAUCCUCCGCCAGUCGGGCUACCGCUAUGGGAUGUCGGAGAGGGAGAUCGAGAGGUUCAUCAAGCGGGUCCUGGAGACCAAUGAGCCCAGGAGAGAGCCUCCUCAGUUCCCCAUCCUGAGAGCCACCAUCAAGUUCGUGGUGGCAGUGGGCUUCCUGCUGGUGGUGGUGCUGGCCUUUACCUAUCCCCAGAGCGCCCCACAGCUGGGUCUGGUCAAUCUGGGCUGUUACAAUUGGUCGUCCCCCCUCAGCCACGUCCGACUGCUGUCACUACCCAUCGCCAAGAAGUACAACCUGCAAGGUUUCCAUGAAUGGUGGAGUGCCGGCUCUCUCAGGCAGAGUCUGGUCAAUUGUUCGGGCUGUGCAGAGAUCUCCUCAGUGCUGGAAGUCCCAGAGAGCCUAAGAGGCACCGUGGCUCUGCGACGGGGGCCACAGCUCGUCCUGCUGAAGGGUGGGGAGUCCCUCAGCGUCCAGCGGCAGCAGCUCGAGGAGCUCUACUUGGCUCAUUCAGGCUCCAUGUCCAUUCUGCUGGAGGAGGAGGACGGCCUACAGAAUCACAACCUUGGCCUUCCCCAAGGACCCGCCAACUUCACCCUGCUCUGGAGAUUCAGCUCUGGGACCAGGGAGAAGGUGUUAAGGUGGCUCUUCCCGAAGGCAGAGCUCUGUCCCCUGCUGGACAGCGCUGGGACCAUCCUGCAGCGCUGUCUGGUCACCCACAGCACAAACUCCCAGAGCAAGGGUGUCGGCGUGUUGGGCUGGCUGGUGGUGGGCGAGGGGCUGCCGACGGUUCGAGUUCUGCCUGUUCAACGCUGUCAGAAACACUGCAGCUCCUUCAACCUGUGGCUGACACCUGGAGACAUGGUGUACGCUGACCCUCGGUACUGGCAGAUGGAGCUCUUCCCCGGUCGAGGCCAGAACAUCAUCUGCGACGGAUCGGCCUUUUAACGUUCAGGUGGAGCGAAGUGAAAAGAGUUCAGGAUCAGGAACUUGCAGAUCGGCUGUGAAUGUUUGACUUCCUGCUGAGGCGUUUUGGAGCUUGACGGCCUUUUAUGUGGCCCCGCCCACUGUUGCCUUAUACCCCUCCGGUCUUUUUUUUUUCCCCCCCUGACGCUGCUCCCUUCUGAUAAUCCUCCCAGAGUCCUCGGACAACUGAAAACAACUGCACACAUGACUUCAGUUUGGAAAAAGGAACUUUCUGCUGCGUUCGAGGGUCAGAGGAUUUGAGAAAUGACUUUGUGACUUUGUCCUCGUGCAUGACAGCAGAACAUCAUCGCGUCUCUAAACUCUCUGCAGACGUUAUCAGCUCUCAGAUGUCCUUGAUGUGCUGUGCUCGUGCCAUAGCUUCAAGCAGAUCUCUAGAAAUUUAAAAAAAAAAUCUACAAUUUUCAUGAUUUCAUUGGGUGUGUCUCUCUCUCUCAGAAGGUAGUGAAUCUCUUAUUGUCUCAGAUCUCCGAAUCAAUGACCACAUUUGUUCAGUGAUUCAAAAAGAGGACUUAUCAUGUGCUCAUUGACGGCGGUUUCCCCAGCUGGAAAAAUAAAAGAGGUUCAAUCAGAGCUUCGUAGGUGGGAUUAAGAAUGGCGACAUCAUCAUUUUUGUGCCAGAGCCAAUAAAAUGUCCUUUUGUUUUAAGGUGACUUACAGAAAUAUCAGCUCUUAAUUUUACAUAUUUGUCAGAUCUACAUGACAAACGUUAAAAUAACGGGCCGCGUCCACAAUCACCACAACUAAGCAGGUCGACUGAAAAUGACAAAUGCAUCAGUCAGAAAACUGCUGACAUGAAUUCCACGUCAGAGUGAUGGAUGGCGAGAAACUCCAUGGUACCUGCAGCUGAUUUACACUAACUGGGAGCCCAAAGUCGCCCAGUUCAUUGAGUGUUAAUUAGUUUGUGGUAAUUUGCUGAUUAAUAUAAACUCAAGUUGGUGAGGACCUUUAAAGCACUUCCUGUAUUUAUACCUGUCUUGAGGCUCAGUUGAUAUUACGUGGUGCAUAUUCUGAAACAAGUUUGCAUCAAAUCAGUUAUUAUUCACACUAAGUUCUCGAUAAGGACACACAGCUCACUUUUUAAUCCGUCCCCCGGCUGACACCUUCAUCCCGUCAGUGAGAACUCUCUCACGUUUUUGCAAUGCUUUCUGGGAGCUUUCCGAGAUUCAAAUGACUACCUGCUGAAGUUCGGAGACACACCUGCAGCUUCACCUGCUGCUGCUCAUCUGGUUCUUUUCUCAGUGUUAAAGGGUCAGUUCACCUAAAUUAUGAAAACCACUAUUUUCUUAGUUAUUUCUACUGGUGUCUUGAACACUCUGCACAAUCCUGACAGUUGAGUUGUGAUUAUUUAUUAUUUGUGGUCUGUGUUGGUUGUCUAUGUUUUAUUAGACAUAAUGGGUUUGUACCAAAUGCAAUAAAACUUAAUGUAAUAUCAAAAGACAAAGUAAACUCACAAGCGUAUCAAUCUGGUAACAGAUAACUUGCAGUUUUAUAGAGAGAAAUCUCUAAUUAAGCUCAUAUUUGAGAUGUUACAUCAGUGCCUGUAUUUAACAUUGCUACUCAGUAAAUUUUAAAAAAUAUAACAUUCAAAAUCAGUGUUAUACAUAAUUAUUAUAUUGAUUUGACCUGUGAGAUUUUAAAUACUGUUCACUCUGCGCCAGCUGUCAGUCAUUCACUCGACUACUGACUGUCUAAAAAUGAUGCGACGUGAUUAGAGCUGGAACGAUUAAUCAAUUAAUCAAUUAGUUAGUCGAUUGAAAAUUUAUCAGCAGCUACUGUGUCUUAAAAACGUCAAACAUUUUCACCAGUUUUAUUGGUAAAUACUGUUUCCAGUGUUUUCUGUGGAUUAUCCAGCGUUAACUGGGACACUGUAUCUGAACGAGAUGUUGCUGCUGAAUUAUUAAAACUCAUGUUUGUCAAAUUUUAAAACUAAAUUCCAGUCAGCUUCAUUAUUUGGACGCAGAAAUCUUGGAGACAGAUGCCUCAAAACCUGGAAAAAUAAAACCAAAACUGUCUAACUGGACGUUUAAUACUCGAGGGAAGAGAGAGAAUAUGUGUUGUUCUUAGUGAUUUUUUGGGGGAACUGACCCUUUAACAACCAGUUAUGACUCAAACUUAGCACAUGGCAUCAGAGACAGAAAGGAUUUUAUUUUUCAUUCUUCAUGUUGUUCAUCAGGACCUGAUUCAGAUAUUCUUUUUAAUUUUGAUUUUACAGACGAAGCUGCUUCUCUUAAUUUCUGUCAUUAUUUAUUGUUAUGAUUGGAUGUAUAUAUGUUCAAGCCAUUAAUUUUAAAUAAUAAUAAUGUGUUGUAAUGUUAUACUUUUAAUUAUCUCUUGUGAUUGUCAGUCCAGACAAAAAAAAUAACGAACUUUGAAGUUAAUGUCACAUCAUCUUCAACAAAUUGUUUUUCACACACACAAAGAAAAAUCCCAAAAUCCAUGACGCAGUGGAGAUAUUUUGUUCAUAAUCUGGGUUUUUAUGGGUCGUUAUUAAGUAUGAAAAAUAUUAAAUCAGUUUGCCAAAGUUGAUGCCUGUCAAAUAUGAUUUUCAGUGUUUUUAAAGACGCACUCCCUUAUUUUGUUUUAUCAAUCACCCAAAUCCCCAAAUUUCCAAAAUAAAAUCAGGGAGUGAAUCUUUUAAAAUGUACGCUUUGCAUAGAAAUGUCAUAGUUUUUUGAGAAAAUUAAAACUUGUCAUGCAUUUGCUUCCA